AUGGCUGAAAGUAACUCAAUUGAAUAUUCGUUGGGAUCUCCUCUAGCACCAAUCAAAAUGUGUAAAUCUCAUGGAUUACCCAUUGAUUUAUUGUGUGAGGAUUGUGAAAAAUUCAUUUGUUCUGACUGUGCCAAAACAGAUCAUAGAGAUCAUGAUUGGAAAACUAUAUCCACAGCAGCCAUCCAAAGGAGGAAAGAUCUUCCUCAUUUUUUUAAGAGGAUCAAAGAAGAGGACCUACAUCAGAUUGAUGAGAAGAUAGAAAAGAUGUCAAAACAGAUAACAGAAAAUAAAGAACUGUGUGACUCAGAGAUUAAAGAUCUACAGAAGCAUUUUGAUGAGAUAAUGGCCAGGCUAGCAGAAAUCAAAAAACGCCAGGAGAGAGAAUUGAGAAACAAUUUGAUUAAAAAGAAUGAUCAAUUGAACUAUGUUAAAUCUGAGUUAGAGGAGAAGAAGAGAGAAAUUAUUGACACGGUGGAUUUUAUGGAGAAGCACUACAGCAUCAUGUCAGAUCCGAGGUUGAUUGAUAACCACAGAGAACUGACAAAAAUGUUGUGUGAACUGCAGGUUCAUAUGACAAACUGUGAACAUUCAGUGAGGUUCAUUAGAGGUGAAAUCAAAGAUGACUUACUUGAAUUCUUGGUUGGAAAAACUUUGGAUUUAAAUGAUAUUAAUGUGACUCAAAAAAAUUUAUUUCAUUAUGGAGAUAAAGCAAUACCAAUGUUGGAGACAUACAGUGAGGACCGAUGUUACAUCAAAGUAUAUGAAUCUAAAUAUACAGAAAAAGUCAAUCAGCAAGGCACAAAGGAACAUGAAUUUAGUAUUAUUCCUCAUGACAUGUGUGUGACUGAUAAUGGUGAUGUUUAUUUCACUGAUGUUAUUGAGAAGUCCAUUAGUUGUCUGUCACCAACGGGAUCUGUGUCUGAAGUCAUUGGCACAGUUCCACUGGAACCAGAAGGAAUCUGUAAAUCAGUGGACGGUGGACUACUGGUCACCUUGACAGACAAUGUAUCAGAUCUUUACAAAUUAGACUCACACAGCAGACGUUUGGUGAGACACAUCACAGUGACAGGUGAUGUAAUCCAUGAGUAUGAGUACCAGGAAGACGGUCAGACCAGACUGUUUACAUGGCCAUACAGAGUCACACAAAACAGUAACAGUGAUAUCUGUGUUGUGAACCGUACAAGUAACACUACAGGUGAUCUAGUGAUUAUGUCUCCUUCUGGUCGUAUGAAGUCUGUCUACCGUGGGCAGAACUUGACAAAGAACUUUUUUCCAACUGAUGUAGUGUGUGACUCCCUCUGUAACAUCCUUGUUACUGACCCACAUAACAACCAAAUCCGUCUGCUGAGUCCUCAAGGGGAGUUCUUGAAUUUCUUACUGAUAGAGGAUGAAGUGAACACUCCACUCUCAUUAUCCCUAUACAAGUCUACACUGUGGGUAGGAUAUCAUGAAGGACUUGUCAAAGUGUUUCUAUACGAAGUGUAA